UUUCUAAGAGAACACGUCUACAUCAGUCUGCCACAUGUUUUAAUGUUUUUACGCACAUCUCUUAGAUUUUUUCCAUUUUGGGUGCGACUUUUCCCCCUUCUGAAGUAGUAACAGCUAUUUUUUCAUCUAAGCGCUUUUUUUGACUUUGUUAUUUCUCAUUCUCGUUAUUUGUUUGCGGUGAUACAGUGAAAGAGAGGAUCCGGAGCAAACAGCUGGGGAAUAUACAUAAACUCCGCUAUAUGGAUACGGAAUCGCUCCCAUCUGCAGCUGUACUCAGAUUUUGAUCUCAGACGUUGCUCUCUGCUCAAAGAAGAACAUGAAAUCUGCUGAAGAGGAUGCAUAUGGCUACACGCCAAAUGUCAGUCUCUCCCUCCCACUGGGCAACCCUUGUCUUCCCUCCCAGUACCACAGCCUCCAGUCCAGCCCUACUAUAUCUGUGUCUGUCACAGAGCCUCACAGUUAUGACACCCAGGAUGACAUGAGUGUGGCCGGCUACUAUUCAUCCUCAAGCAUCCGCCCAAACGGAGCCCCGACCCUGGAGAGCCCUCGCAUCGAGAUCACAGCCUACGGUCAGUUUCCUGAGGAUGAAGUGGAGGAGAGCAACCUUCCUGUUGCCAAGCGAGUCAAUUCCAUAGUGACGCUGACCCUCCCCAGUGCAGAUGGUUAUCGCGACCCCAGCUGCCUGAGUCCAGCCAGCAGCGUUUCAUCCCGCAGCUGCCACUCUGAUGCCUCCUCCUAUGAAUCAGGCUUCUCCUACAACUAUGAUAACUCACCCCAGAACUCCCCCUGGCAGUCACCCUCUGUGUCUCCCAAGGGCUCCACCCUCGCCUUGCCAGGUGAUGGCUGCACCUCUGGUGGCUCCCCUCGCCACUCCCCCUCCACCUCACCACGCACAAGCUUAACAGAUGACACCUGGAUAGGUCAGCGUGGCUCCAGACCCAACUCCCCUUGUGGUGCGAAGAGGAAGUACAGCUUCAAUGGCAGUGGGGCGUUGCAUAAGCACUACCCAUACUCGCCCAACCACUCACCUGGACCAUCCCCGCAGACCUCCCCUCGCCUUAGCAUUACAGAGGAGACCUGGCUGCCAAACACCAACCAGUACACUAACUCGGCCAUUCUGGCAGCCAUCAACGCCUUGACCACAGAUGGAGUGGCUGAGCUUGGGGAGGGAAUCCCCAUGAAGGCCAGGAAAACCAGCCAGGAGCACAACUCCACAGUCAGCCUAAAGGUGGAGCCUGGAGGUGAGGAGCUAAGUCCAGGGGAGCUCUGUCUGGACGAGCACCGCCUGCCAUUAAAGAAGGAGGGCUACUGUGGCGGGUUCCUGGAUGUUCCACAACACCCAUACUCCUGGUCCAAGCCAAAGCAAUAUGUCAGCCCAUCCCUGCCAGCACUCGACUGGCAGUUACCAUCUAGCUCGGGGCCGUAUAGCCUGCAGAUCGAGGUGCAGCCCAAGUCCCACCACCGAGCCCAUUAUGAGACGGAGGGCAGCAGGGGAGCCGUAAAGGCCCUGGCAGGAGGACACCCAGUCGUUAAGCUUCAUGGCUACAUGGAGAGCGAGCCUCUGACCCUGCAGCUGUUCAUUGGCACAGCUGACGACAGGCUACUGAGGCCCCACGCCUUCUACCAGGUCCACCGUAUCACUGGGAAGACAGUGUCCACCCCGAGCCAUGAGGCCCUGCACAACAACACCAAGGUUCUGGAGAUCCCACUGCUGCCAGAGAACAACAUGCGGGCCAUGAUCGACUGCGCAGGGAUCUUGAAGCUGCGUAAUUCGGACAUUGAGCUGAGAAAGGGGGAGACUGACAUUGGACGCAAGAACACACGUGUGCGGAUGGUUUUCCGGGUUCACAUCAACCAGUCCACGGGGAGAACGGUGUCCUUGCAGGCUUCAUCCAACCCCAUUGAGUGCUCCCAGAGAUCGGCCCAGGAGCUGCCGUUGGUGGAUAAGCAGAGUUUGGAGACGUGUCCCGCCCCCGGAGGGGAGAGGAUGUUCAUCGACGGACACAACUUCCAGCACGACUCCAAGGUGGUGUUUGUGGAAAAGGCUCAAGAUGGUCACCACCUCUGGGAGACUGAGGCCAAGGUUGAUAGAGACGCCUCAAAGCCUAAUUCAAUACUUGUUGAAAUCCCUCCCUAUCGGAACCAAAGACUCUCCACUCCGGUCCAUGUGAACUUCUACGUCUGCAACGGCAAGAGGAAAAGAAGCCAGUACCAGCGCUUCACCUAUGUCCCUGCCAGUGUUCCAACAAUAAAGACAGAGCCACAUGACGACUAUGACGCCCCUCUGGUGUGCAGCCAGCGUGGUCCCGGCCUGUCCUUGCACCCAAAGCCAUACUUCCCCCCUCAGGUCAUGACCCCGAUGAUGACCUCUGACCUCAGGCCGUGUGUGGUGGGUGGGGCUUACUCUGUCAGCCAGCAAAGGUUGGCAGCCAAACCGUCCUCGCUGCCUUCACCGUCCUCUCCGAGCACCAGCCCUAAACUGCAUGACCUGUCACCGCCGCCGUUCUCCAAGUGCCUCUCUUCCGGUCCAGCAGUCCAGCACCCGGGCCAACAGUCCCCAGUCCCACACGUCUCUAUCAUCCAGGAGACGCCAGGGCGCUACCAGCCGCCUAGUCUCUACCCACCCAGCAGCUCCUCCUCCUCUCCAACCUCGCAGCCCUCCACCCCAACUGACAGCCCUUUCUCUCCGUCCCAGUGCAUGACACCAGCCCAGCCGGUCAGCAGCAGCACCAGUCCAGGAGCUCAGCAGCACCCCACAGUGCCAGAGAGCGGGCGGGGCUCCAUUCAGGAGGAUGGUAGCCCCCCGACGCUGACUGUCAGCAUCAAACAAGAACCACAGGAGCUGGACCAGAUCUACCUUGAUGAUGAUGCGCAGAAGGUCAAAGCCAGAUCAAAUAGAGAAGAGGAGGUCAGUCAGUUCAGUCUGGGCCGGGAAGAGCACACAUGGCAGCGGAACGACACACUGUAGGAGGGUGGAGAUGAG